GGGAGGAAGGGAAAGAGGGAAAGAGAGGCAGAGGGAGAGCUCAAGAGAAUGAAAGAGAGAGAGAGAGAAGGAGGAAAGAAAGACAUGUAGGUAUGCACACACACGGCCUCGACUCGAUCUGCAGAAGGAAUUUUAAAUCACUGUAGCAGUAGGGGGAGAACGAGAGAGAGAGAGAGAGAGAGAGAGAGGGAGAGAGAUAGAGAGAGAGAGACAGAAGACACAGAGAGAAGAGGGAUUGGUGUAAUCUGCAGCAACAUCUGUAUGCGCUCUGGAUAAUCUGCAAACACUGUGGAUUGACUGCAGCCCGGCUGGUCCACAUGUCAACAAGGAGAAGAGGCGCAGAGAUGGAGAUUAUAGUCUAGAAUUAUAGGACAGCAAAGUCUGCAAGCGGCGGAUGAGACAGUCUUCAAGGACUGAUGGUACUGGACAGUAUGGUAUAAAGGCACAGAACAAGACGUCUAAACGCAGUGGACAGGACAAUCCACAAGUGUUGGAGAACACUUCACGAUCCAAGGACUUGCUUUAACAGAGACGACGUUUCCCAGUGGAUCCAGCUGCGAAUAAUAUCCCUUCACUCUUUUCCCCUCGUCUCUUUUCUCCUCAUCUUCUCUCCUGUCCUCCUCCUCACCUCUCCUGCUCCUCUACCUUUCCUCCUCUCAUCCACUGCUCUCUAUUUUCUUUGAUUCUCCUGCUGUCCUGUCAUUCUCUCCUCUUCUCUCCUCCGCUCUCCACCCCUCGUCUCAUCCUCUCUUCACUCCCUUUUCCUCUUUGACAGAAUGCAGACCCCUGCCUCCAUGGUGAUGGGGAUUGUCUUCGCUCCCCUGGGCCUCGUCCUGGUCUUCACGGCUGCCAUCACCCCACAGUGGCGGGAGGGGCAGGUACAGGUGGGUCCCAGUGGGGCAUUAGGAGCUUCUGGGGGUGGCGGCGGCGAAGGUCUGCUCCUGCUGCGGUCGGACGGCCUGUGGGAGAGCUGCCUGCAGGUGGCGCACUCGGAGCUGAAGCAGUGCUGGCCCGUGUCGGGUCCAUAUCAGCACGACAGUCGGGUCCGCACGGCCCAGGGUCUGGUGCUGGCCUCGCUCUUCCUGUGCGGUGCCGGGAUUGUUCUGGCCAGCGUGGGCGUGCGCUGCUGGACCGACCUGCCCCUGAGGGGCAUCGCCGCGGCAGGGGGGCUCCUGGUCGCCCUCGCCGGCAUCCUCAGCCUCGUCGCUCUCGGCCUCUACACACACAACCUGCCGUCGCUAGGGAACGAGGACCCGUCCGGCAUCAGUGGUGCUGGAGGAUCCGCUCUCCAGCAGCAUCAGAGAGUCCCCACACACCGGCUGCCCCGCCUCUCCCUGCGUCCGGCCGGAUCGCUCUACUUUGGCUGGGUGGGGGGGUGGGUCCAGGUGCUGGGUGGAGCCGCGCUCAUGCUGAGCUUCAAGAGACCCCGCUGCCCCUCCUGGCCGAAGCGCCCCCCAGUGGAGAGAACGGAGGCCUACGAGGUCACCUGCUGAGAGAACAACAAAAAGAGAAAGGGAGAAAGAUAAAGAGGGAAUGAGAGAGAGAGAGUGAGGGAGAGCGAGAGAGGAAAAAACAGAACGUUGGUUAAAGAUGGAUUGCACACACACAGAAGUUAUGGAUUACCUGGGUGUCGUCAAGUCAUGAAGUCAUUAUGACUUCGCGUCAUAAAAGCAGUGUUGGUGAAUGGCUAUGGGGUGGUGAAACCGGUCCAAAUGGCUCCUUAAGCCUUGGAUAAGUGAUGAGGAUGUUAAAAGCUGCUUUCUUUGGGGGGUAGGGGUGUGGAAGAGAGAGAGAGAGAGAGAAAGAGAAAGAGAGAGAGAGAGAGAGAGAGAGAGAGAGAGAAAGAGAAAGAGAGAGAGAUAGAGAGAGAAAGAGAAAGAGAAAGAGAGAGAGAGAGCAAGAAGGCAAUCCUUGUUGGAAUGAAUGGGUAAUUCACUCAAGCAAUGCACCGAAUUACAUGACUUAGUGAACUAAUGUUUCUAUUCAUCGCUUUGAACGUAGAGGGCUACAACCUGCUUCAGCGGUCACGCAUAUCACACAGGUGGACACCUGUUCACUUUUCUAGAGGAUGUUUCAAACCUGUUUGCUAGUUUUAGUAAAUAAAUCAUUGUUGCUAUCUCUAUUUAAAUCUGCUUAACAAUUUCCAGCAACACUUUGUGAAUUACCAUCCAUCAUUUCUUAUUGUCAUUUUAGAUUCACCAUUUAUAUCCCCUUUGAAAUCCUCUGGGUAGCAAAAAAGCUUUUUUUAUAAGGUUUUUGUAGGGAGAAAACUGUAAACAUUAGUGAAACAUUUAUCUCCCAUCUUAGAAACUGAAUAUGUAAAUCACUCCUAAUGUGUUCAUUUCAUGCGAAGCCAUGAAUGUGAAAUGCCACGGAACAGGACAUCUUAGUUGUCUCGUAGAUUCUUUAUUUGUAUUAUUAUAAAAAUGGUUAUUUGUUUUAAUUUAUAAUAUAUUUGUCUUCACAGCAUGGGUCUUUUUUCCUUACUUUAGACUAAAAACCUUUGAUCCAAAAUAUUCAGACCAUUGAUCCAAUUCUCAGUGUGAUGGAUUUUGAAGUAUCUGUUAACUUACGAGGCCUUACCGAAGACAACAGGCAGCGCUUUAGAGCAAACAUGUGAGACAGUCAGACAUGUGUUUUGUAGUCUGUGUCUCAGUACACCUGCAGUAUAUGUAGCGCUGCUAUGCAUUUCCAGUAUGUGUUUACGUUGUUCCUGUAUUAGCAUAAGAGAACUACCAGCGAGACCUCUGGAAGAUGAGCAGUGUGUGUUUGUUGUCUCGUAAACUGUGUGUGGCACACGGUGUUUGAACCAUCUCACUGAAAUAAAAAAGUGGUAAUCUGCA